AUGCAGAUCCAGGGCAUCUUGCAGGAUAGCGAAAUUGGUGACCUCGAUGUCAUGAGUGAAAAAGCUGAUGCCGCCAGCAUCUCGUCAACUAGUGGUUCAGAAAAUGAAGUCGAAAAUAUUUCUACUGCUUCUGAAGCUUUUACAUGCUUAGAUACUGCUUUGCGAUGGUUUCAAGCUCAAGAUGAAAGCGACCAGUAUCAGACAUCUGUCCUGAAAAAAGUGCGUGACUUAGCUGCGUGUAAGAGGGCAGGUUCGCUUCGACAGACCAAAGAUAAGAACUUUAAACGUUAA